CUUUGAUCUACCAUGAACAUAUCAUCUUGUUCUGCGAGCUGCCUAGUCGUAGGCCACACGCCGUUUCUCGGGUAAGCCGGGCAUGGGCUUGUAGAGUCUUUGAAUUUAUACUGCAAUCAUACCUUCUUAUCGUUUCGAGUGUAGGCGAAGAACGUAUAUACUCAUCUUCUCACGAUCAAAACAAGAAUUUACUAAGACACGGUCUAUAACCCUUCAAAACUGACUUAGUUGAUCGAGAUGGAACCACCUAUCGUUCCAAGAGUCCGAACGCGGCUCACUCAAGACUAUACGAGCGAUAUAGAGGUCAUUAGGCCAAGUCCGCUAAAGGGCAUGCCUCAGGGUUUCAUCGAUGAAUCAUCUCCGAGAACAUCAACUUCAAGGUCGCAAGACCGGAAUGCCGCAGAUUUAGAAUCGCCUACAGAGGCUAGACGCAACUUCCUACUAAGCCAUGGAGCUCAUCCUACGAGUCCAAUCGACCGAAAUACUUCAGGUGCCACCAGAUCAGGGAUUGGCACCUACUUUGAGAAUGAUAGCACUAACACCGUGGAAGAACUCCGAAAGCUAGACUUCAGCCUUGAGUCAGCGGCAGAGGAUAGAUCUUAUGAUUCAUCCAUCAACACUGCAUCACACGCGACAAAAAAACCUACUACUACCACCUCUCACUCGUCAGCAACAAGACUUCCCGACUUUUUUGCUCCACAGAUUUUCCAGGUUGUGCUCCAUAACCCUACAACUGCGUACCAACUCUUGAUUUUCAGUCGGUCCCGGCUCGCUGGAGAGAAUAUUGAAUUUCUUCGGAAGGUUGAGGAGUACGGUAUUUUGUUGGAUGAAGUGGCAAAGAAUAUGUCCGAAAUUCAUCGAGAGUAUCUUUCUGUCAACGCACCCAGUAAAAUCAAUCUCGAAGAUGGUGCUCUCCUAAAAGUCAAUCGGGAUCUGAAAUCGGCACUUGUUUCCACACUGCCUACACUCGAGGUGGUUUUUAACGACUCCCAGAACAAAAUGGAACGUGUUGUUGCUGAGGACAUUUAUCCUCGCUUUGUACGACAUCAGCUCACGGCGAGUGCGGUCAGGGCACUUGCUACCGAUCGGAGCAAUUUUGCUGGGCUGGGAGACUGUUUCGUUCUAUCGGAUCCUAGCAAGGCCGACAACCCUCUUGUUUUCGUUUCCGACGGAUUCGCCAAAGUGACGGGAUAUGACCGCAGAGAGAUCAUCCCUCGUAACUGUCGAUUUUUACAAUGUCAGGAGACGGAUCGAACGGUUGUGCGCAAUAUUCGCAAGGCACUCGAUUCCUGCGAGGAAUGCGUCCAGUUACUUCUUAAUCAAAAGAAAAAUGGGGAGCCGUUUUGGAAUCUACUGUACAUGACACCACUCUUCGAUUCCCGUGGGAAGGUUGUUUUCUUCCUUGGAGGGCAGAUUAAUUGUUCCACCACAAUUCAUAGCACCUCGGAUGUGUUACGAAUUCUGGCAAUGUCAGACGAAGCGGACGAGGAAGGCGACGCUCCAGCAAACCCCCCAGAGGUACAGAAACACAGUUCUCGCGCGAGCAAGAUUCUGGCCCCUUUCAGAGGAAGAAGCCAGCUGCACACCCCACAGCGGGCACCUGGGAUGGAAAACGAGCUCCUCAACAGAAUCGAGAAGGAGAAAAUGACAUUCCAACGACAGGUGGACACCUUCUAUACGGCUUACUCUAAAUAUAUUGUCAUUAACGCAUCGACUCUUUAUAUAUCGUUCCAUUCCGCGGCCAUCGCUACACUCCUCCAUCCGGCAAAGCCUUCGCAGAAAGCCGAUUUAUGGACAAGCCCACAGAUCGUAGGGCUGGAAAUCUUUCGCUUUUUAUCAGUAUACUCUAAGACGAGGCUAGGAAGUGACUUCAAAUCCCGCGUCAGGCUUGCAAUUAGGGCUGGUAAUGCGAUAAGUUUAGACCUGACUCUAUGCACUAAACGAUUAAUGGGUUUUGAAAAGUUUGCCUCGCACUGGACACCGUUGAAGAAUGAGGUCAACCAAGUUGGAUGGGUGGUACUGACUCUGGGUAGUCUGAAUGAUUAAUCGGGCAAAUUUGACGUGGAGAAGGAUACGGCGAUUGAUCAGCCACGGACCUAAAUCGACAUAAAGAUCCGAAAGCAUAUGAUCAUUUCUCAUCAGCAGAAUAUCUUGUGCCAAAAGCACUCGUUUUAUUGCUACGAAUUAUCUGAAGCGCCCGCCACUCCUUGAUAGUAAGUUAGCUUCGAUUGAAAGAUGGUCAGCUCUAGAGAAUGGUUUCAGCCUUUCAUAAUAAAUCCCUAUUACAAUUAUCUAUCUAGUA